UAYGGAGAGCGCAUUCMAUUUAUACAGAACAAUUCAUUUGACGUACAGAUGACAAAAGAGGAAGAGAAAACGGACGAAAGUCAAUCUAAUGGUACAUCAGGACUCAUUGAACCCAAUAACGGYCUACUUCUUCUCUCAUCGAUUGCAAGUAAGAUGAAAGACGACAUGCCAACAAAUCGGAAAAAAACCUUGUCAUCUAAACCCAGUCCAAAUGCUUCGAGGAAAUCAAAAAAAUCAKYAACGAAAAGGGAGUCAAACAACGGKUUUUGUAAGAAAGUUUUCAUUUUGCCUGCCAAUUCACUCUAUUUGCCAUCACAGUCCGACCUGUGUAAACUACGCAUGUCUGGAGACUGCUAUUCUAAAGUAUUCUUCCAUGGUGCAAUGACUGAAGAUGACGUCAUGGACCAAAUAAGGAAAACGUUCCCAGAUUUGAAAGGUUUACGACUCAGGCUUGCAGCCGUCGAUCAAACAGGAAAGCUGGUGUUUUAUGAUCAAGUCUGGACAGGGAAGUUAAUUCGUAAAAAGCUUCGCGGGAACUCGGUGCUGUAUGUUGCACCGGUCGACUAAGCAAGAAUUUAAGCCAUAGUAUGAAGUGGUGUAGGUUUACAGGGAUAGAUCUUUAUUAUUCUAGCUACUCGUGCCAGGUCUCUGGCCGCACGAGUUAAAGAGUGCAGAGCAAUUGUUUUCAUUCAAUGUGGAGUUGUGAGCCAAUCAAGUUAGGAGGAGCCGACAAGUUCCUUUCCGCAAAAUUUCUAAAAACGGCAAAAUUACAUAGCUUAGCUACCUGUGUUUACACUAAAAUUUUUGUGAAAUUAUAGGCCGUUUGCACGUACGAAAUCGCUAAAAAUAACUGCUUGCUAUUUUUAUUCAUUAACAAAACAAAGAGUAUUAACAAACAAUUUAUCGUUUAUAAUUUCUUUGUACGCAGGCAUAAUUUCUAAAAAUAAAUGAGUCCUCUGCGUUUACUAGUGAUAUUUUUAAUACMGAGCUUUCGGCCUAAGCGGCCAUUAUCAAGGUAGAGCACACGUAAGAUUUCAAACAACGCAAAAAAAAUGGAAGCCCUACUGAUAGCCAAUACCAACUCAGUGCUAUCAAACAGAGACACUGGCAGAACAAUACCAGAAACAUACAAACCAUUAUUUAAGUUCAUUUAAGUUUUUGUUACAUAUAUAAUUAUCUAAUUGCUUCACUGUCAUAGUCUGUCAUUUCUUUUCUUUUUACUCCAUUUCAUUUCAUUCCAUUUCAUUUUACAUUUUAUCUAUUCUAAUUAGCUCGCGCUGUAUUGCUAUGUUUCCUCGCGCGCUUUCCGUUUUUUGCGUUGUUUGAAAUCUUACGUGUACUCUACCUUGAUAAUGGCCGCUUAGGCCGAAAGCUCGGUAUUAAAAAUAUCACUAGUAAACGAAAAGGAUUCAUUUAUUUGUAGAAUUUAUCGUUUGCUAUACGCGUCACAACAACGGACAUCCUGGUUGAACUUCAAGGAUUACUCAUUAAGAUAUCUAUUUAACCAACAUGGAAAGCGAAAAAUUGCUUUGGUUAAAAAAUAGGUGAAUUAUCAAAUUAAAGAUCACAUUGCAAUCGCAAUAAGAAAUUUUAUAUCUAUGAGUAAUCAUCSGUGGAUCAGUUUUCAGAGCUUGUCAUAUGGUAUGGUGUUUUGUAUUAUUUCCAACUGAAAGGAGCUGGAAUAAAUUAUCAUUCUUUCAA